GAGUUGAGCUGAGCUUCAGGUGCAUGGGCUGGCUGUAACCCUUUCCCCACACUGAAGCUCUGUGUGUUCAGGACUUCUCAUCUGUGUAGAAGAUGAAGAUUGAUAUCCAUAACCAUAUUUUGCCCAAGGAAUGGCCUGAUCUAAAAGAGAGAUAUGGAUAUGAUGGAUUUGUCCAGCUCCACCACCACUGUAAGGGAGAAGCCAAAAUGAUGAAGGAUGGGAAAGUGUUCCGUGUAGUUCAGGAGAACUGCUGGGAUGCUGAGGCUCGGAUACGGGACAUGGAUAAGCAUGGUGUCACAGUGCAGACCCUGUCUACUGUCCCUGUAAUGUUCAGCUACUGGGCAAAACCUCAGGACACACUGGACCUUUGUAGGAUUCUUAAUGAUGACCUGGCAGCCACUGUGAAGCGAUACCCGAAACGCUUUGUAGGCCUCGGCACCCUUCCCAUGCAGGCCCCUGAGCUGGCUGUACAAGAAAUGCGGCGCUGUGUGCAGGAGCUGAGUUUCCCAGGGGUGCAAAUUGGUUCACACGUCAACACCUGGGACCUCAAUGCUCCUGAGCUUUACCCUGUUUAUGCUGCUGCUGAGGAGUUAAACUGUGCAUUAUUUGUGCAUCCAUGGGAUAUGCAGACGGAUGGGAGAAUGGCUAAGUACUGGCUGCCAUGGCUAGUUGGUAUGCCUUCAGAAACUACAAUGGCUAUUUGCUCCAUGAUCUUUGGGGGUAUUUUUGAGAGAUUCCCAAAGCUAAAGGUCUGCUUUGCUCAUGGAGGCGGUGCUUUUCCUUAUACAAUUGGACGAAUCGAGCAUGGAUUCAAUGUCCGGCCAGACCUGUGUGCUAACGACAAUAAGAUCAAUCCACGUAAAUAUUUAGGAUCGUUUUACACUGACUCUCUGGUCCAUGACCCGCUUGCUCUUCAGUUACUCAUUGAUGUCAUCGGGAAGGAUAAGGUGAUGUUAGGAACAGAUUACCCAUUUCCUCUUGGAGAACUGGAGCCAGGAACAUUGAUAGAAUCAAUGAAUGAAUUUGAUGGUACACUGAAGGAUAAACUCAUGGCAGGAAAUGCACUCGAAUUUUUGGGUCUUGAGAGGAAACAGUUUGAGUAACGUGCUAAGAAUGCAGUUGCCUGCCUCAUGGGAGAAAGGACUGGUGCCAGAAUGUAAAAGUGAAGGUGCAGCGGCUCAUGUAAAGACUGGAGAGACAUUCUCCUUCAAAUAAAAUGUUUUUGCAGUUUCA